GUGUUUCAGGGGGUGUGAAUUAUGGGCCCCUGCUGUUACUGUGACUGCUCUGCGUAGGGCAUUUCACCUCGCCACCGUAAAUUUGAAAAGGGGAUUACAUUUAGCUGACUACUGAUUUUAAAGCCGUAUAGCUUGACCAAGUGCAGACAACUGGCCGGUUCCCCUGAGAAGACUUAAUAGGCUACUGUCUGCAAUUGCAGGAUUUGGGAUUUUACAGGGGUCUGAACGAGGCUACUGGGAAAUAAAGCGUAUUCUGGAUCACAGAAAACCCCUAUAGGUUGCUGUUUACGCAUUUAGACUACGGACUCUUUUUCUCCAGGAACGAAAAAAAAAAAAAAACAAAAAAAAAAAAGUAUGGUAGUUGACUGGGCGUUUUGGACGCGCUCGGUAAACGGUGAUGCUACGGCGGCGCGCAGGAAGCGUAGAGGGAAGAGACAGGUGAGGUGCGGCUGAGGAGCUGCUGUUAUAUUUCAGAGAGGCUUUGGAUUCCGAGAGCCGUGGUAUCCAGCACCCUUUUCUCCACAGAGAGGAAGAAGAGCGACCGGAGAGGGCGAGUUGGCGACUGGCACCUGCCUCCGCUCCCUACCUGGCCAUCUGGUGCGCUUGUCCAGAAUGCGGCUGCUAGAUGGUUGACUGGUACCAGAAGGAGGGAUCAUAUCUCCCUGAUAUUGGCUUCUCUUCACUGGUUACCGGACAAAUAUAGAAUCGAUUUUAAGUGCAUGUGUGUUGCUGCCAUGGCGACCGUGGCUCCUCUCUUCACAUGUAUUCUCCUGCUGCUUCAACUGGCGGAUGGCUCAUUCCCAGAGGAACCCAGUCCACUCAGCUACGUCCCCGUAGAGGUUGUGCGGAGGUAUCCGGUGUUCUUGGGCAGAGCUCAUCGUUCAGCUCAGAGACAGGAGCUGCACAUUCAGACAGUCCUCCAAGUCAACCGCACGCUCUACAUAGGAGCCAGAGAUGACUUGUACAGAGUGGAGUUGGAUAACAUGGCAGGUGAUGAGAUGUUCUACAGCAAGAAACGGACGUGGGAAUCCAAUAAGAACGACAUCCGAGUGUGCCGGAUGAAGGGCAAACACGAGGGAGAGUGCCGUAAUUUCAUCAAGGUUUUGCUCAGCCAGCAUGGCGGCCUGUUUGUAUGUGGAACAAACGCCUUCAACCCGCUGUGUGCCAACUACACUAGAGACACUCUAGACAUGGUGGGAGAGCCUGUCAGUGGGAUGGCACGGUGCCCGUAUGAUCCGCGACAUGCCAAUGUGGCUUUAUUUGCAGAUGGCAGUCUCUUUACCGGCACUGUGACAGACUUCCUGGCCAUCGAUGCGGUGAUCUAUCGUAGCCUCGGCGACAGCCCCGCCCUCCGCACAGUCAAACACGACUCCAAAUGGUUCCGAGAGCCCUACUUUGUGAGCUCCAUGGAGUGGGGGCCUCAUAUUUAUUUCUUCUUCAGAGAGAUGGCCAUGGAGUUUCAUCAUCUAGAGAAGGUGAUGGUGUCCCGUGUAGCUCGUGUGUGUAAGGCAGACCUGGGUGGCUCUCAGCGCGUCCUCGAGAAACAGUGGACCACAUUUCUGAAGGCGCGUCUCAACUGCUCCGUGCCGGGAGAUUCACACUUUUACUUCAACCUUUUGCACGCCACAAGCAACAUCAUCCACAUGCAGGGACGAGAUGUCAUCCUGGGACUCUUCUCCACGCCACCAAACAGCAUCCCUGGCUCGGCGGUGUGUGUGUUCGACAUGCAGCAGCUCGCUCAUGUCUUUGAGGGCCGGUUUAAGGAGCAGAAAUCCCCCGAGUCUAUUUGGACUCCUGUGCCGGACGAAGCGGUGCCUAAACCGAGACCAGGGGGAUGUGCAGUGCAGGGAUCCAGAUUUAGCUCCUCUACCACGCUGCCGGAUGAGGUGCUGAACUUUGUGAAGACCCACCCACUGAUGGACGAGACCAUUCCACUGCUGGGGCACAGACCCUGGAUCGUCAAGACUAUGGGACGGUACCAGCUGACAGCCAUGGUGGUGGACACAGAAGCUGGUCCCCAUAAGAACCGAACGGUCUUGUUCCUGGGCUCAACCCGAGGAACCAUCCUGAAGUUUCUAAUGAUUCCCAGCGGAGAUCCUGUCACCCACGGCAGUGUGUUUCUGGAGGAGGUGGAAGGAUUCAACCCAGAGAAAUGUGGCGAGGACUCUCCUCAGGCUCGUCAGCUCUUGUCUCUGUCGUUGGACCGGACCAGUCACAGUCUGCUGCUGGCCUUCCCCUCCUGUCUGGUCCGAGUGCCCACAUCUCGCUGCCACCUGCACUCACGCUGCAUGAAGAGUUGUCUAGCCUCAAGGGACCCGUACUGUGGCUGGACCAGAGGCAGCACCUGCUCCUUCCUGAGACCAGGCACACGGCUGCCUUUUCAACAAGAUGUGGAAUAUGGAAACUCCACGUCCCAUCUAGGAGACUGUGAUGCUGAAUCAGGAAUUCUGCAGCAGAGUUUGCUGAUUGAACCGGAGAGCUUGGUCUCCCUCAACCUGCUCGUGGCGUCUGCAGUCUCCGCGUUCACCAUCGGGGCGGCGCUCUCCGGCCUCGCCGUCUGCUGGAUCAUGGCCCACAAGCCCACCAACCGUCGCCACGGCACCACCUCCCAGUCCUCCAUCCAGCGGCGUGAGAGAGGCCUACUGGCUAAUGGUGGUGGGAUGGGAGGCUCCGUGCUCAGCGUGACACGGCAGGGAGGCGGGGAGCGCCCCUGCUCUCAGGGCGGGGAAACCCUGUUUGUCAUGCCCAACGGCUGGGUGAAGUCAGGAGAGCUGGACCCGGGUUUCCUGCCAACCCCGGAGCACACGCCCCAGCAGAAACGCAGAGGCCUACGCCUGUCUGACUCCAACUCUGGAGGGUGGGACACCAGCCAGACGUACCUGGGGGGAGGCUCCGUGGGUCUGGGCUCACCCUGCCGCAUUCCCCCCUCCGUCUACCUGACCACCAGACUCUUUCAGCAGGGGGGAGGCGGGAGACACAGUGGUGAGAGCCGGGGGAACGACACGCCACGCCAGCACUAUGUCUGCCUGAGCAAGCAAGAAAAAGCAGUGAAGGGGACGCCCAAAGCUCCUCUCAGGAAGUCCGCAGGAGAAUAUGUAUACCCCAUGACCCCCCAGGACUCGCCUGAGCGUCGGCGGGUGGUCUCAGCACCCAGCGCCCCCAUGGAGUAUGGCGAGCCGCUGCCUUUGCGCUGGCCAGCCCCGGAAGGGUACAUCCUCAGCAGCCAUGGCAUGGUCCCCGUCCCCAUGCCUCAACCCCCCAUGCCGGCUCCCAGUGGCCAGGCUUACGUGUCCCAGCAACACCCCGCCGGGCUGAGCAGGGCUCUGCUGAGAGGAGCCCUGGAGCGAGGGGAGCUGGGCGAGCUGGUGGAUCUCUGCCAGCUGAUGAGUAAGAAGAACUGCAGUGAUAGGACUCAGGCCGGCCAGUGACUCUUGAGAAAAUGAAGUGGACGGGAGCGUUUCCAUGUCCAGAGCUCUCUGUUUAAUUUACACAGAUCUCUCUUUUCUCCUCAUUCUGUCCACUCCCCUCUCCCUUCUCUACUCUUUUCCCUACGUCUUUAUUUGUCAUUCAGCCCCUCUGAUCUCCUCUGUCAGUCUCUCAGGCAAACUCCCCAUGAUGAGUCUCUCUUCAUGACCGGCUGCUGGGUCUGCCACUCAUAUCCUGGCUCACACUAAUUGGUCAGAUGGACUGAGGUUGUUGCUGUGUCUGCAUUGCAGAGUUGCCUCUCUCUCCUGCUACUCAACGGCAGUGGGAAGAGGGAUGAGAGAAGAUGGAGGGAAAGGAAAGAAAUAGUGCAGAGUGGGGGCCAGAGAUGACGGAGACAAAGAUGGACAUGGCACUUAGAGACUGCCUUCUCUGUGCAGAUUAACUGAGACUGCAGAGCCAGUCAAAUACUGCUACAGGAGUGGGAUGCCUUUUCCCUCUCGGAUACCAUUAACAAGGAUGCCACCCGUUUGUUCUCCACUAUAUCACCUGUUGGUCUGAUUGCCAACUAGGUAGGCAAAUUCCAAACGUCGUAAAAGUAUCUGAAGCUGCAGGCGACUCAUCAGACAAAAAAAAACUGGAGUCAUUCUGACUGUAAACACAAAUCUAAUGGAUGACGAGGAAACACAAAAUCCUUCUCUCUGUUUCUUUUUCUUUCUCCUCUUCACUGCACACAUACAGUCAGUGCAUACAUGUUUUUGUACAGGUGACGGAGGGUAUGUAGUGUUCUAUGUGUACGAGGAGCACGACGUGUGUGCCAAAUUCCUCUAACCUGUCUCGCAGGGAUAUGGGACCAUAACUCACUUCUUUGGAGAGCAGAGGGCAGUACUGAAAUGUCAGCACUAUUUCUGCCAACCGCAUGCUCUCUGUAAUGACGGCAUCUCAGCCGUCCAUCGCUCUAUUCCUUUGCCACCUUACACUCCAUGUACUCUUUAAUGACCAAUAAUUCCACGAGGACGUCUGGGGAGAUUGCACCCGAACACUGGACUGAAUCGUAUCAGAUCGAGACAGAAAGGAAGAGAGAGAGGUGUUUUAGAGGAUUUAAAGUAAAGGCACUGCAAUAUAUGAACACCUUGUCCUUCACUGUCACCUUUUGGGGUUUUUUCAACACACACACACACACACACACACACACACACACACACACAUACAAACACACACACACACACACACACACAUAUAUUCAUUAAUGCUGAAUUAUAAAACACAGUCCGGUUUUAUUGGUCAAAAUUUCCCCUUAAGCCCACAGUGUGUCAAGGUCCCACAGACGUGAUACAGAACAAAGUGACAGUUACAGUGGUGAUGAUUGAAACCUCUGACCUAACUCAAAGCCAAUGGGGGUAAUGGAAAUGUUCCCAGCAGGCAAAUGGGACUAUAUAUUCAGCCCAUCAAAGUGUCCAGUGCUAUGAAAUGGUGAGCGUUUAGAUCAACACAUGUUGUGAGCGUGUUAGCGAAGGAGAUGGAAGUCAUAAAAAAAGGUGAAAAGAUAAGAAGACUGAAACAAAGCGAGUGCGACUUAAAGAAACAAACUUGUUAUUAUAACUGACCAGUUGACUUGAUUUUCACGCGAGCAGUCCCCGUCAGUCGCGAGCAAAAUGAACGCUGGUUUGUGCUGACCUUGUAGUGAGCAGCAAUAUAUGGUUUAUCUGUACAUAGUAAUCUUUCAUUUAGAUAAAAAUGAUAAUGUAAGACAAAAAGUAACUCCAAAAAAAAAUGACAUCCGGCACUAGCUUGCAAACAAAAACAUUUAUCAUAUCAUUAUAGCUGUUAAUGUAUGAAAAUCUGUUUUCAUAUAGUCUCAUGUCAACCUGCUUCAAGAGUGGAACCACGAAGACGCCGAGAACUACCAGUGUCUUUUCUUUUUUACAUCUGCGUGCCAAAACCUUGAAUGAUUUACUGAUGCCCGAUUACUGAAGCAAAAAAAAACAAAAAAACAGAGGAGACUUGUUUUAAAGUGCCAUAAAGACCAUUUCAUUCAUGUCAGCAGUGCACCUCAUGAAAUAUGGGGUUGGAGAACUCACGAAUUGCAGUAUACUUGUGAAAUGUAUGCCUUUGGCCUUUACAUGCUGAAUGUUAUAUCUUAUUUUUUUAUUUAAAUGUCAGCUUGUGCUGUUGAAAUAGUUUGUUUCAGCUGCCCCUGUCCGUGUGUCCAGAUGCUACUGACACUGAGUGCUACCAGCAGUGUUUCUGGGUCUGCUUAUGAACUACUUUCAUGGCACACUUAUAUACUGUAAAUAUGUAAGAAUGAAUACAUGCACUUUGUCAUGCCUUUUAUGAUUAUAAUGUAAUGUAUUCACCGAUGCCAUGAAAUAUGUUCAUUCCAGAAUAGCCAAUAUGUAAUAAUAAGGAAGUAGUUCAUAAGCGAACCUUGAAAUGGACUGAAAUGCUGCGAGGGAACACUGUGUAUCUCAUUUUGUGUCAUAUCUAUCUGUCCUGAUUCUGGACUUUUGGUCUUGUUCUGUAGUCUAGUGAUUGUCUGUCAUCGCCAACCAACUGCCAUACUGGGGGAUCUUGAAAAUACUUGUGUGAAUGAAUGUACUCAUUGCUUUUUUGUUUAUAGUCAUUAUACCGUGCAGUAAUAAGGAAAAGCACAAAAAACUUUUCUCUUUUUGUUUUGCAUAAUGAAAAGGGAGCUGUUCUGUAUUAUUUGUGAAUAGUGUAAAUAAUCAUCCUGAAGGUAUAAUGUAUCAGUUGUGGGGGGGGGGGCUCGUUCAUGCUCUUCUGAGACAGGACUGUGU